ACCCUAUGAAGCAGGUACUAUUAUUAUCCCCAUUUUACAGUUGGGGAAACCAAGGCACGGCAGUUUGCCAACUUGUAAGUGGCAGAGCUGAGAUCUAAACCCUAGCUAUCUGGCUCUGAAGUCCAUGCCUUUAGCCGCUAGAUUGCCUCCCAACAACAGAUCUAGAGAGACAGAGCGAUUCCCCCACAGCGUCCGGGGAGGAACUUGGCAGAGCCAGGACCGAAAGCCAGGUCUGCUCUCUGUGCAAUGCUUCUCCCACUGGCCACUGGUACAGAACCCCUGGGAACAGAGGCACAAGGAGGGAUCUGAGAAGUCUAGAUAUUCAUGCAGAAGAAGGCUCUAGUCGACUAGGUGGCUCUCAGCAGAAGACAGGAGGAGUCAGAGAGCAUCCACCAGGGCAGACUGCUUUUCAGAGAUCCUAUUUGAGGCCUAAGCCAUUCCCUUUUCCUGCACUAAUAUAUCAGGGACCCCUCCUCACACACACACACACACACACACACACACACACACACACACAGGGCGCUAGAACCAGCCCGAGGCAAUUGAGCACCUGUGGGGAAAGGAUGCAUAUUAGAGAGAUUAGAAAGUAUGAUCUAAAGCCUGGUGUGUGCAUAGGAAGUUGUGGGGAGAGAACAGGGAAGACUGGAGAAAAGGCUAAAACCUCCAGCAGAUAAAGGGACUCAGUGAUGAGAUUAAAGCAAAGCACCUGCAAUCAGCUCAGCUCUGGAGGCACCAGCCUUCUUAUCACAACAGAACAGCACCAUGGCCAUGGCCUUCCUCUCCCAUCUGGAUCUUCAGGAAAGCCUCCAAACACUCUCUGUUUUGCAGUGGAUCCCAGUCUAUGUCUUUUUAGGAGCUAUUCCUAUUCUUCUUAUACCCUACUUUCUGGUGUUCACUAAGUUCGGGAUGCUGUCCGUGCUCGCCUUAGCCUGGCUCUCCUAUGAGAACACCCACAGUCAAGGUGGUAGGCGUUCAACUUGGGUACGAAACUGGACCCUCUGGAAGUAUUCAAAUUACUUCCCAGUAAAGCUGGUGAAGAUUCAUGACCUCUGUCCCAAACACAACUAUAUCAUUGCCAACCACCCCCAUGGCAUUCUCUCUUAUGGUGUCUUCAUCAUCUUUCCCACUGAGGCCACUGGCUUUGCUCGGAUUUUCCCAGCCAUCACUCCUUAUGUACGGACCUUGGAAGAGAUCUUCUGGAUCCCAAUUGUGCGAGAUUAUGUGAUGUCAAUGGGUGUGUGCCCAGUGAGUGAGUUGGCCUUGAAGUAUUUGCUGACCAAGAAAGGCUCGGGCAAUGCUGUGGUUAUUGUGGAGGGUGGAGCUGCUGAAGCCCUCUUGUGCCACGCAGGAGCCUCUACCAUCCUCCUUAAACAGCAUAAAGGUUUUGUGAGGUUGGCACUGAAGACAGGAUCAUACCUUGUUCCCUCCUAUUCCUUUGGAGAGAAUGAGGUUCACAAUCAAGAGACCUUCACUGAGGGCACGUGGCUAAGGUUCUUCCAAAAACCUUGCAGGACAGAAUCAAAAAAAACCCUGAGACUAAGUUUCUGUACCUUCCACGGCCGGGGCCUCACUCGAGGAUCCUGGGGCUUCUUGCCUUUCAAUCGGCCCAUUACCACUGUUGUUGGGGAGCCCCUGCCAAUUCCCAAGAUUAAGAAGCCAAACAAAAAGACGGUGGACAAGUACCACACACUCUACAUCAGGACCCUGUGCAAGCUGUUUGACAAAGUACAGUAUGGCCUCCCUGAGACCCAGGAGCUGACAAUCAUAUAACAGGAGCUGGAUUUCCCCAUUAUUGAACCCCCAACGCAUUAAGGGAUCCAAGUAGGGCCACAUGGAAAGUAGAAUCUGGGGAGAGGGGGAGAUCUCAGGGUUGAGUGAGGAGGCCAACCAAGCCAGAAAGUACUUAAUGAGUCCAGCUUACAGGAAGGAACCAGAGGGAUGGAGAAGAGUGGGCAACAACCCAGUUUAGUAAGCAGAGUCUUGUGAGUCCACAGAUAUUUUCUGCCUCCCUGACUCCAGCCAACUCUGAUCAGAGGAAUGAGAAGUUAAAGAACACCAUGCCCUUUCCUCCUGAGCCUUAGUGACACCAUCACUAUUUAGGUUGAAGCUUAGAAGCCUUGUUGAGAACAAGGAUGGUUUGUUUCCUCCUAGGCCCUUGGCCCUUGCCUUACAAUUUGGGGGCCACCACAAGGUAAACCAGGGACCUGAGCUAUGCUUUCCUGAUCCAAAGCAGACACGACUCCCUCAGCUGUGUUACAGUUCUACACUGCCAAAAACUUUAUUAAAAAUAAUUAUGCCAUUUCUUCUAUAAAAAUAAAGCUCUAGGGGCUUCCCCAGUGGCU